CUGUUUUUUCUUUUCUUCCCUCGCGGAAAAUGCCUCUCGCUGCUCCAUAGUUACCGAGCGGCAUAAAUUCCGGUGACAACUGACCUGCUGUCGUAUGGUUACUGUAUUCAACCCCACAGAGACCCUAAAAGAGCCAGUGCUGUUCUUUUGUUUAAAACCUCGUUUUUUUCCCUACCCCGGAGCUCCCUCCUCCCCUUUUUGUCUGCAGCUUCUCCUGCGGUUUGUGGGAGCGCGCACGGGCUCGCGCGCUCUGGCGAGUGGGGACUUGUCCGUCCGGGAGCGCACGCGGGAAUGUUUCAGCGCUUACUCAGCACUGCUCGAGCCCGAACACUCGAGGAAUGAAGGGGAUCGGCGGUGCUGAAAGACUAUUUAUUAUUGAAGCGGAAGGUGUAAAGGCCCUUCGUCAGAGGCGCCUCUGUGUCGUGUUUUUACAAGAUGUUGUUUUUUUCUCAAGACUUCCCCAUGAGUGAGAAAACACAUCAGUCUGUUUUAUUUUGAAUAAAUGGAAUGCAUUUUCUAUUCUAAAGGCAGUUCAAAAUUCAGUUCUAAAUAUGACCAGGGAAAUGUUUGUUUACGUAUGAAUUCUUCUACGUCGCAACACGUUUGUUUAUUUUUAGUUUAUCUUUUGUUUUGAGACUGAGUUGUGAUUACAAGGGUUGAAAAUAAACAAAGUGUAGUUUAUUCAACAAGUGUGAAUCAGACACGUCUGUGUGUGAGCACAGCAUCAUCUGCUGGAAGAAACGAGUCACGCUGUUUUAGGGCAGUGCAGAGUGUAUUUUCUUUGUGCCUUUUGCUUGCCGUAGUUACUAUAAUCCAAAAUGGCAGUAGCCUUGAGGACGGUCUGUGCUGCAGUGUCGAGGCAGUCUGUACGCGCAUUUUCAUCGACGUGUGUGACACAUGCAGGAAUAAAGUGGAGAUUGGAAAAUGGUUUACCACGUGGUGGAUCAGAGUACGGACCAUUAACAGAUCUACCUGACUGGUCAUUUGCAGAUGGUAGGCCUGCACCACUGCUCAAAGGACAGAUCCGCAGACAAAAGCAGCGAGAGGAGUUUGCUAGAAGAGCCGUGUAUCUCAAUGCAGAGAUGGAUGAAGGGAUGAAGCAGUGGCACGAAAGUAAAGAAGCAAAGAAACAGAAAGAAGAACAUGUCAAAUCCUUAUUGCUGAAACCUAAAGGGAAUUUGUUUAAACAAAAGAAGAAAUAAAAAUCCUUGGAUGCAAAAUAAA